UGUGAAUUCCAGCAAUAUGAGAGCCUUCAUUGCAGUCGUGUGCCUUGUUGCCGCAGUGUCCGCGCGAUCAUUACAGACACGUGGCGGGCCUGACCAUUGGACACAAACAUGGAUGGCUAGCGAAGAAGACGUAAAAAAUGCCAAAGAGGGAGAAGUUAAAGCCAUUCGUGGAAAGUUACUAGCUGACGUCAAAGAAUUUGACGGCGCUUUGGAAAGAUUAUUGAGCGGAAAGGGAAAUAAGGAAGAUGAGAAAAAGGCAGCAGAUGCUCUUGAGGGAUCUGUCAUGCUGACCCUCAUAGACGCUGAAAAAGAUUCUAUUGAACCAAUGGAUCUUGAUGUCCCCGAUGAAUGUUCCAGAGAUACUGUCGCUGCCUUGGAUGGAUGUGAAGAACAGUUUGUUCGUAUUGGUCACUGCCUGAGAGGCGCCGCCAAAGCCAUUAAUGACGCUCUGACAUCAGAUAAAAGCAAUGUAGAACAGGUGUCCUUUGUUAAGGGAGUCAUUGUUUUAUUAGCAAGUGGAGCCGAGGAUAUUGGAAAACUCGCAAAAUCCUGCGGAUAUGCAAAGAAGAGAGAGUUCGAGGACUGGGCCAAAGCUGGUCUGGUCAGUGAAGAUGAUUUGAAAAAUGCCGAUCCCGCUGAAAUAGAGAGAGUUGGAAAGAAUUUGAGGGAAGACAUGGAUGCUAUUGAAAAUGAUCUUGAUGACCUUUUAGAUGAAGGAAUCGAUGGACCAGCUGCCGAAGAGGUUGAGAAGCACCUUGAGGGAGCAGUCGCCCUCGCUGAACUCCACGAGAAACAAGGAGCUGGCUCAAUUCCCCCAGCCAAAAUUGAUAUUCCAAAAGGCUGCAGAAAAGAGGACUUCGGCAAGGACUGUGAAGAGAAUUUCAAGAGAGUUGUCGGUUGUUUGAAGAAGGCUGUUCAAGGAAUGAAGGAAGCUUUUGAUAGUGAUGCACCAGCUGUUAAAAAAGUUUCCCAAGUUAAAGGAAUUGUUGGACUCGUAGCCAAGGCAACUGGUCCUAUCAAAAAGUUGCAUGAUGCUUGUACACAGAAGAGAUCUCUCUCCCGAUUUUUUGAAUAAAUUACUGCCAAGUUUUAUUGAUACUCGACGGGUAUUUGUCCAUGG